CAUCCCCAAUUCGUCUUGACAACUUCGCAUCUCAAUACUUAGGUUAAAAUAUCUCUCAGUACUCUCUGAUCACACUACGACAAUGCCCGGCCACUUUCUCGAGAGUCUACCACCUGAAGGGCUAUUCAGUAUCUCGGAUUAUCUUGAGCCAGAUGAUCGAAAGAACCUCAGCCUGGCCAAUUCCGGGCUUCGGACCGCGAUGGCGCCAUGUCUCUUCAAGGUACUACAAAUCAAUUGCCCGCUUGCAGAGGACCACAUCUUGCCAACUAUCGUCGAUAAAUAUGGAGCGAAUGUUCUGGAGCUGAGACUAAAUAUCACUUUCUACCCUAACGAGAUGCCUGAGAAGACGGAAGAGGAAUCGAUCGAAGAAGUGGAAGAGGAGAGUGAGGAUGAGCCUUCCGAUGUGGAUAUGUCGGAGAAUCAGGAAGAUAACGGCGAUGAAGAGUCCGAUCAUGACUCAGAGUCUGAAGGAGUCAUCGAACAUUACAAUGAAGAUGAUGUGGAAGAUGACGAUGAAGACAAAGACAGCGACAGUGACUCAGACGCUGGACCCAAAUGGUACUGGACAAACCCUCCUGCUUCAGUCUGGGCUCGAAAAGAAGAAGACACAUCAAUCAUCCGGGAUCUCAUCCAGUUCAAGGGACUGCCACGCUGCAGAGCCUUGACUCUUCACACCAACGGCGAACAAGACUUUGAAGUGGAUGCAGACUGGGAUAACAACGAUAUCGCCAACAACUACAUCUACUUCUGCUGCGAACCUGAAGACUGGGAGGAAGUCAAGCGGAAAGAAGAGAGGUACUCAUGGCGCGCGGCUUUGCGGGAUAUGUACAGUGACAUCGCUACACUUUCGGCAGUCGAUGACUUUACGAUUCAAAACUUUCUCCCGCGAAAAACCUCGUCCUGGCAGGAGAAAGAGUGGCCCGAGUUUCUCGGCCGGUUGAAGAAGUUGACUCUCAAUACGUACGGUGGAAACAAUGGCGCCGGCUGGCAGGCUAAUACAUUACCCGGAUUUCACGCUUUCUUCAACGAACUGCCAACGACCGUUCUCGCUCAUGCGAACGCGCUGGAAUACUUUAAACUCAAGACUCACGACGAUGGCUUUCUGGGGGGCGAAGGCUCGUUGUACAUACCUCCUGGUUGCAUGCCCUCCCUCCGGUCACUGCACGUAGACGGUAUAGCAGUAACAUCCGUGCUGAAAGAUUACCUCAAAGCAACAAACGGCACCCUGUCUAAACUCUGCGUCACGGAAUGCGUGGCAUUUACUUCCGACCCCAAUGGCGACGAUGCACCAAAGUGGGCUGAUCUAUGGAGAGCUGCACGUCAGGCUCUGAGAGCACCAGCGGAGGUUGUAUGCGUGCCGACCAAGGAACGACCUAUUACGGAAGAUGAAGGGGAUUACUAUGGUGACGAGGUUUAUGUGCCACCGGCCGAUGAGGAUGAUAAGAUUAAGAGUUGGAGAAGGAAAGCAAAAGAGGAGGAAGGGCUUUGUAUCUGGCCGUAUGGAUGGUUGGAUGAGAAGUAUGGAUCUAUAUAUCCUGAUCAUGAAGUUAAUCUGGAACGUCUUGAGAAUGGGGAGGAUAACCUGGAGUUUAAAUUGUUGAUGGAUGAGGUGAAGAGGGGGGGCGGUAAAUGCACUGUAUCCUGAUUCUGCAGAUAAAUGACAGGUGGCAUGAGCAAGAGGAUAUACCGUCGUGUUUCUGACUCUACAGAGGGUCUUUCCAACUAAUGUUGACUUCAAUAUCGCCCAAGAUUCCAGCAGCAGAUGCAAUGCGAGCCAUGCCGAAAGCGAUGCAAUGGUAAGCCACGAAUCGGAAC